GUAAUAAAAAAAGCAAACAGUAAGCAGUACAUAAAAAUCGAUUCCUCAUCGAGAAUUUGUCAGUUGCUUUUGAAAAUUUUUAAGCGCAUCAUUCAAUAAAAAUGUCUCCAAUCACUAUUACUUUUUUUAUUGUGUUAGUUGUAUCUGCAAGUACAGUAAAUGCUCAACCACGACCUCCACAACGUUGUGGACGAUUUGCAUCGUAUAGCAAUUGUGCUUCACGUUGUCCAGCAAGUUGUGAAGGAUUAAAAAAUCCCAAUCCCAUGAUGUGCGCUGCGGACUGUGUAUAUGGCUGUAGAUGUUAUCCAGGUUAUAUAAGAAUAUCGGGAACAAAUCCAGAUUGUAUGUUGGAAUCCGACUGUCCCCAUUUAAAUACUGGUACUACAAGGAGACCAGUUGAACCAAUUCGAGAUUGUGGACCAAACGCAGUUUGGGUUAAAUGUGCCACUGUUUGUCCAGAAACUUGUGAAACUAUAAAAAAUCCACAGCCUGUAUUUUGUACUAAACAAUGCUACAGAGGCUGCGUAUGUCAAGAAGGCUUUGUUAAGAGAACAAAGGAGAGUGUAGAAUGUAUUUUACCUGAACAAUGUUAAUAAUGAGACUGAAGAAAAAUAUAAUUAUAUUUACUCUUGUAUUGGCAUAUUUUUAACUUAAAUAAAUUCUCUUUCAAAAUUUA